ACCAUACUUUUGGCCCACCCUGUAAAAGUACCCACUCGAGUCUCCACCACUUCCUCCACCAUUCUUGAUCUUAUCCUCUCUUCCCCUGACCUAAUCAUUGAUUCUCUCCGCCUGGACCCCCCGUAUCUGAAUUCAGAUCACCUGUCACUAUCCCUCGACCUACUUUUUCACAGCUCUAAUUCGUCCAUAACCCCACCUCAACCCCAUUUUCUGCAUUACAACAAAUGUUAUUUUAAAGCCCUUAACUUAGAUAUAGCCUCCCUCAAUUGGGACUCAUUGUUCACUUCUUGUACCACUACUUCAUCCAAAUACGAUUUAUUUGUGGAAAUAAUCUCCGAUCUCAUUCUACGGCAUACCCCCCUAAAACCCUCCAACAAACGCUUUUUCGCCAUCAACCCCAUUCGCCGUCUACGACGUGUUCGUAGUAAAAUUUCCGCCGUACUCAAUUGUUCUAGACCUGACCCCAAUUAUCUACAGUCCCUUUAUCGCAAAACCAAAAAAUUAGCCAAGCUCUCUCAACGGCAAAUCAUCAACCGUGAAAGAGCUCUAACCUCCAACCUAGGCUCUAAAUCUUCCCGAACAUUUAUUAAAAGUAGGUUAAACAAUAAGUCCCCAAUUCAAUCUCUAUUUGUAAAUGGCGCCCCUGUUUCUGACGAUCAAGUUAAGGCAUCUCUAUUUGCUAACAGCUUCUCGUCUAAUUAUGCCAACCCCUUUACCAAAACUUCUGAUCCUCCAUCACCAAGCACCCCUUUCAAAGUCAACCCCAUCGUUGCAUCGGACUUAUUUGCACCUUAUAUUAUAGAAAAAACUUUAUUGAAAGUGCCCCCUCGCUGUGGAUUCUCCCUCAACCCCAUAAAUUAUUUUGUUCUAAAAAGAUGUGCCACCUCCAUUGCGUUGCCCCUAUCUAUAAUCUUCUCUGAUUCCCUCAUCCGAUCAUCCGUUCCCUCCUCGUGGAAACACGCCAUUGUUGUCCCUGUUCCCAAAAAAGGAUGCCUCACCAACCUAGCCAAUUAUCGUCCCAUAAGCUUAACCGAUCCUGUUGCCAGAGUUAUGGAAAGAAUUGUUUGUAACCAACUUCGAACUGAGCAUGGGCGCCAAUUUAGCCCUCACCAGCAUGGCUUCCUUAAAUCGCGCUCCUGCACUAGCUCCCUUGUUCUCGCCACCACAAACUAUUCAUAUUGCCUCAAAAAGCACCAAUCUCUCGAUAUUGUAUUUUUCGACUACAUGAAAGCUUUUGACCAAGUAAACCAUUCCCUACUCUUACAUAAGCUCCACGAUUUUGGCAUAAACCCAUUGUUUUGUAAUUGGUUCCACGAUUUCUUAUCGUCCCGAACAUUUUCAGUAAAAGUUAACAAUCACAUUGACCCCAACAUUCAUCCCAUCCCCUCUGGUGUUCCCCAGGGAAGUGUAUCUGGGCCUUUCCUUUUUCUCAUUUUCAUAAAUUCUCUACUGUUGAGCCUGCCCCCAACCAUCUCCUGCUCUGCAUUUGCAGAUGAUCUCAAGGUUUACUCUCAUUCCCCUCCCCUCAUUCUAGCAACAAUUGAUCUCAUUACAGCCUGGUCUGAAAAUAAUAAGCUCCCACUUGCCCACUCAAAGACCUGUCUUCUUCAUCUCGGUAAAAAAAACCCUAAAACUGUUUACAAAAUCAAUAAUUUGCCUAUAUCCCCAUCAAAUAUAGCCCGUGAUUUGGGAACCCUUACUGAUUCUAAACUUACCUUCAAAACCCACAUUAAGAAGAUCGUUUCUCUAGCCCUUUUACGUUGCAAGCAAUUAUUAAAAUCAUUUAAAUCCUUAUGUCCUGAAUUCUAUUGUAAUUUAUUCAAGACCUACAUUCUCCCCCUCAUCGAAUACGGUUCUGCCGUAUAUUCCCCCAAACCCUCUUCUUCCCUAUCAACUCUUAUUGAAAAACCACUCCGAUGGUACUCUCAAAAAGUCCUACAAAAAUGCAAUAUACCGGCACCGCCGAUUAAAGUCAAAACUCAUUCUCCUUUACAAAUUUUGUUGCGGUACCUCUUUCCUUCCCCAAAAAGAAACAAUCUUUAA